UGUGACGACGGGGUUGCAAGGGGCGACGGCGAAUGGCGGGGCGUUUCUGCAACAUCAUCUCCAUUGCAAAAAAAUUGGCAAGAUUAUUUGUGUUGCAAAAUUUUCUUCCGCGAGAACACCUACGUUACAAAAAUGUGAAGCCGGAAAAAAAAAUCUGCAAUAUCACCUAUAUUGCAAAUGGUUUCUGCAACAUGAGCUCUAUUGCGAAGAGCUCUGCAAUACUACAUUUGUUACAAUGCUGAAGACGAUGAUGGCGUCAGAUCUAAUGGUCGUCGAGGCGGCAGAAUUUUUGAAAAGAUCUGUCGGCUGAUCGGGCAUUGCAGGUCUUCAUGUUUGAAUUGGCUGGGCCUUUCAUUAACUGUGAAAACGAAGGAAGCAACGUCGAUCGUCCAGACUGCUCAGUCGGAAGUCAAGCCACCGGACCUGACUAAUCAAACACUGGAGCCAUAAAAAAUAUCUCCGCCACAAGAAAACCACUACAAAUUCAGCAAACUGACCAAACGGAUCAUUAGAUUAGAAAGCCAUCGCCGCCAUGGAUGAUGAUGAUCAUCAAGAGGAGGCGCCGGAGCAGGUGAAGCUUUUUGGCAUGUGGGCAAGCCCCUACGUCCUCAAGGUGAGAUGGGCGCUGAGCAUCAAGGGCGUGGAGUACGAGUACGUGGAGGAGGACCUGAGGAACAAGAGCCACGACCUCCUGGAGCACAACCACGUGCACAAGAAAGUCCCCGUGCUGCUCUACCGCGGCAUACCGGUGGCGGAAUCCGACGUCAUCGUCGAGUUCGUCGACGAGGCGUGGAGCCACCGCGGCGGCCGCAUCCUCCCCGACGACCCCCACGAGCGCGCCAUGGCCCGCUUCUGGGUGAGGUUCGUGCACGACAAGGCACAUUUGUCAUUUUUGUUUCUCUCAAACGAGACAACGUAUAAACUUCAAACUUUACAGAACAACAAAACAUUCUAAUUACUAUGUGGGAAAAAACUUUCAGAUUUUUUCAUGCAUUUUAAAUGCUAAAAAUUAUUUUUUUAAUCAAAAAAAUCCUCAUUUUGUAUAUUUAUGUUGGUCCAAAAAAUCUGAAAGUUUUUUCACACAUUGAAGUUGUAAGUUUUGUUUGACCUGGAAAGUUUGAAGUCUACAUAUUCUUUCAUUCGAGAGAAACAAAAAAGAAAAAUCUUCUUGCUGUAAGUUAGUUGAAGAGUAUGAAUCUCAAAGCAACUUUGAAGGACUGAAGAUAAAAGGUUACAUGUAGCCUGAGCUACAAAGGAACUUUACCCAGAUGAUUCCUGGAGGAGUUGAUCGCCGUCGGCGGCAAGGAUUUCUUUGCCGGGGAGAGCGUCGAGCUCGUGGAUCUGUCGCUCGGUGCGUUGGCGUACGUGGUCCCGAUGUACGAGGAGAUCAUCGGCGUGAGGCUGGUCACCGAGGAGAGGUUCCCGUCUCUGUCAGCGUGGAUGGGGCGAUUCUUGGACUCGCCGCCGGUGAAGGAUCACCCGCCGCUAGUGGAGAGGCUGAAACCCAGGUACCGAGCCAUGCGUGAAGCCUUUCUGAACAUGGGCUAGAUCAAAGCCACUGUCUGCGUUUAAGUGAUUGCUUGUACUAUGUCAAAAAAAAAUUGCUUGUACUAGUACGAUAUAUACAGUCCUACCCACAAAAAAAAACGGUCCAGUGCAUCCUUGUAUUUACAUGGCUUGUACUAUGAUCUUUACGAUAUAAAUAAGACACAUAUUUACCAUAAAAAAUGACUCAUUUUCUAUGAAAUUUCAGAAAUUCCAGUCAUCACAGUAGCUAUCAAAUAUACGCAUUUCAAGCAAAAUAUUAUGGUGACAUAAAUUCAAGUCAGAUUUCAACAGAAACCAAAUUUUCUAACGCGGACACUCUGCAGCUACAUGUGUAUUGUCAUUGGAAAAAGAAAACCCAUGUAACAUUUUUUUCUCAGAAAUACUCGUGUAAGAACAUCUACAACCACAAUGUUCUAAUUUGAGCCCUAUAGCGUCUAGUCACCUCUCAUUUGGCCAGGCCAUCCUUCUUAUAUCAAAACCUCUAAAUCCAUGCAACCCCAGAUCAGGCAUAGCAAUGUUCAAUUUACAGCCGGACAUAGCAUAUGAAGUUCAUAAAAGAUCGGACAUAGCAUAGCAUAUUCACAAAAGUUUAGCCUACGAUACAUAAAUUAAAGGUAGGGCGUCACACUUUCCUCGCUGGUCCCUUCC